AAUCCUGCCCGCUGGCGGCUGGUCGCUGUCUGAGUUCCAGCGUCCGGAAGUUCUGCGGUGAAAGAAAAAAAAAAGUUAAGCAAGGCAUGAAAGAACGGAGCUGGGAGGAAAGGAAACAAAGUGUGUUAAUAGAUCUGGGAGAGCCUCGAGUCGCCGCCGGACUGUGUGGAUCGGCCGGAGCGGAGCGGAGCGGGGGUUUUCGUCGCGGUUCUCUCCUCGAGUAGCGGAGCGGUGAUUCCUCCAUGGGUCUGCCGACGCUGGAGUUCAGCGACUCUUUCCUGGACAGCCCGGAGUUCCGAGAGAGGCUGCAGUGCCAUGAAGUGGAGCUGGAGCGCACCAACAGGUUCAUCAAGGACCUCAUCAAGGAUGGAAACAUGCUCAUAUCUGCGCUCAGGAGUCUGUCUCUUGCUGUGCAGCGGUUCUCUCAGUCGCUGCAAGAGUUCCAGUUUGAAUGUAUCGGAGACGCUGAGACUGACGACGAAAUCAAUAUAGCUCAGUCUUUGAAGGAGUUCUCUCAGCUUUUAAGCACCAUGGAAGAGGAAAGAAAACGACUGAUCCAGAAUGCCGACGAUGUUUUGAUCUCACCACUUGAGAGGUUUCGAAAGGAGCAGAUUGGCGCCGUGAAGGAGGGGAAGAAGCAGUUCGACAAGGAGACAGAGCGAUACUACUCUGUCCUGGAGAAACACCUCAGCCUGUCCUCCAAAAAGAAGGAGUCACAGCUGCACGAGGCUGACUCACAGAUGAGCAAAGACAGGCAGGUCUUUUACGACGCGUCGCUGCAGUACGUCUUCAAGAUCCAAGAGGUGCAGGAAAGGAAGAAGUUUGAGUUUGUGGAGCCGUUGCUGGCCUUCCUGCAGGGCUUGUUUACAUUUUACCACGAGGGCUACGAGCUGGCCAGCGAGUUUGAACCGUACAAGCAGCAGCUCCAGUUCAACCUGCAAAAUGCCCGCAACAACUUUGAAAGUACGCGAGCCGAGGUGGAGAGGCUGAUGAAGAGGAUCCGAUCCGCCGAGGAGGAUUUCAAAGCUCCCAGCUGCUUCACUAUGGAAGGUUUUCUGUACAUACAGGAGAAACGUCCGCUGGGCAGCGUGUGGACCAGAUACUACUGUACUUAUGAGAAGAGCUCCAAGAUGUUCACCAUGAGCGGCACAGAGGCCCGGCCAGCCAGCCGACAGAACGGCGUGGCGAACGGCACGCCGGAGAUAUUCCGACUGCGUUCGUGCGUCCGGAGGAAGACCGAUUCCAUCGACAAGCGCUUCUGCUUCGACAUCGAGGUUGUUGAAAGACAUGGCGUCCUCACCCUGCAAGCGCUCUCUGAGGCCAACAGACGCCUGUGGAUGGAGGCGAUGGAUGGAAAAGAACCUAUCUACACCCUGCCUUCGUUGCUCAGUAAGAAAGAGGAGACAUUUCUGAACGAGGCAGGCUUCAACUUUGUGAAGAAAUGCAUCGAGCUGAUUGAAUCCAGAGGCAUCACCACACUUGGCCUGUACAGGACAGGAGGGGUCAACUCUAAAGUGCAGCGCCUGAUGACCAGCGUGUUUGCAUCCACUGCUCCCACCGACAUGCAGCUGGACCCAAACGCCUGGGACAACAAGACCAUCACCAGCGGGCUGAAGGAUUAUUUCAGGUGUUUGGCAGAACCGGUACUGACCUACAGACUCCAUAAAGAAUUCAUCAAGGCUGCAAAGUACGAUGAUCAGAAGUACAGAGUGAGAGCAAUCCAUGCUCUUGUUUACAAACUCCCGGAGAAAAACCGAACGAUGCUGGACCUCCUCACCAACCACCUGCUCAAAGUGUCCUCUCACAGCGAGCAGAACCUGAUGACCGUGUCCAACCUGGGGAUGAUCUUCGGCCCCACGCUGAUGAGGUCCCAGGAGGAGACGGUGGCCGCCAUGAUGAACAUCAAGUUCCAGAACAUCGUGGUGGAGAUUAUCAUCGAAAACCACCACAAGAUCUUCGGCGAGGCCCCGGACCUGUCGGUGCCGCUGCCUCAGGCUCCCUCUUCGCGGUCGGGUCCGCGGAGGAGCAAGGCCAUCUGUCUCUCAUCUGGGAAGAGAAAGGCCCGACUCUACCCUCCGACCCUCUGCCUGGCAGACAACGACAGCGACACAUUCAGCAGCAGCCCCAGCACGACCCCGAUGGGCAGCCGGGAGUCUCUCUCCUCACACUCCUCUGAAAAGAACGGGUUGUCUCAGGCGUCGUCUCCGUCCUCCCCCUCCGCCGAGCUCAGCUCACCCUCCACGGCGCAGUCCCCCCCUCCUCCCCCGGCGCACGGCUCCUCGGGCGCGAAAGACGAGAAACAGACGAAAGACGGCGAUCCCUCCCCGCUCCUCAAGGCUUCCUCUUCCUGGACCUCUGCUGAGCUCACUCCAGCCCAGCAGACUUCCUCUGUGUCCUCCUCCACCUCCUCGCUGCUGUCUGCCGUGGAGAAGUCGGUCAGAGGAAACUCUGCCGCCUCUCUGUCAUCUGUGAAAGAGUCGAGAUCUCCUUCAAGGACGUCCAUUUCCUCCGUCUCCGUCCAGAGCGAGCCGGCGGAGCGAGCCUCCUCCUUCAGAGACGGCGGAAGCGUUCAGAGAGUGGCCUCUGUCUCCUCUCUGAAGAGCACUGAUCAAAGAAAUACCUCCAGUACCUCCGCCGCAGACACCGGAGUGACGGACUCUACCUCCUCUCAGCCGCUCAGGACUUCUUACCGGACCGCCUCCACCUCCUCGUCCUCCUCCUCCUCACUUUUUCCUUACCGGCUUUCCACAUCUUCCUCUCUCACCUCUCUGCACAUUUCUGAAGAUUAUAAAAGCUGCCACGGUUCGGUGCAGAGCCUCAUGUCUCUGGAUCCUCACGACGGGCCGCCCUCUCGCAAAACCCCACGCGUCCGCUGUGGCCCCGACCUGAACGCAAAGCUCUCUGCGGCGGCGUCCAGCAACGGGUACCAGAGGCCAGGAUCGAUAUUGUCGGUCAAACUACCUCAGCGUGAGAGUUCAGUAUUCUCCUCCGCUUUAGACAUAUGCUCCACGGGAAGGGACGCAAAAGCUCUGUAUUCCUGUGAGGCAGAGCACAGCCAUGAGUUAAGUUUUCCACAAGGGGCGCUGUUCUCAAAUGUGUACCCGUCUGUGGAACCAGGGUGGCUUCAGGCGACGUAUGACGGCAAAACAGGCCUCAUACCUGAAAACUACAUCACGUACAUCUGACGGAGCGAGACAGUCGUCCGCACGACGACUCCGCUCCAGCUGUAGACCUCAGCAUGCAGUCAGAACUGUGUGCAAAAAAAACACAUUUCACUUGUAACUGUGACAAAUAUCGCUGACUACUGUGGCAGGAUGUGAAUCAAUUGUGAACUGUUUAUAUCCAUGUUUUAUUAACAUCCUAUAUCAGCUUUUCGUGAAUAUCUAACUGUGUCCAAUCAGUUUUAAUUGCUACUCUCCAAUGUUUGUGUUCAGUUGUCAUUUUUAAAAUUAUGUACAAGGUACAUAGAAACAGUAAUUAUUGUUAUCACUUGUAAUUUAUGUCAUUAAUAUUUUAACUGUACGUCUUCACACCUCUGUGCCUUAAAAAAACUAUGAACUACGGACUGAAUCCUGCCUUAUUACCUUUUUUGUCUCACAUUUCCUCCUGUCUAAAUAAAAGACAAAUAUUUUUUUUCCCGGA